AUGGUAGGAGUAGUGAUACCAAACUGCACAUCGUUUUGGUGCUUUAACAUUCGCCCACUAUGCCAACCUGAUAAACUGCCAACAUUCGCCCAGGGUGCUAUACAUUCUGAUAAACUGCGAACAUUCACCCAGGGUGCUAUACAUUCUGAUAAACUGCCAACAUUCGACCAGGGUGCUUUACAUUCUGAUAAACUGCCAACAUUCGCCAAGGGUGCUUUACAUUCUGAUAAACUGCCAACAUUCACCCAGGGUGCUAUACAUUCUGAUAAACUGCCAACAUUCGACCAGGGUGCUUUACAUUCUGAUAAACUGCCAACAUUCACCCAGGGUGCUAUACAUUCUGAUAAACUGCCAACAUUUGCCAAGGGUGCUUUACAUUCUAAUAAACUGCCAACAUUCAACAAGGGUGCUAUACAUUCUGAUAAACUACGAACAAUCUCCCAGGGUGCUUUUCAUUCUGAUAAACUGAGAACAUUCUCCCAGUGUGCUUUACAUUCUGAUAAACUGCCAACAUUCGCCAAGGGUGCUUUACAUUCUGAUAAACUGCCAACAUUCGCCAAGGGUGCUUAUACAUUCCAACAUAAACUGCGAGCAUUCGCCCAGUGUGCUUUUGAUUCUGAUAAACUGCCAACUUUCGCCCAUGGUGCUAUACAUUCUGAUAAACUACGAACAUUUGACCAGGGUGCUUUUCAUUCUGAUAAACUGCGAACAUUCACCCAGGGUGCUAUACAUUCUGAUAAACUGCCAACAUUCGCCAAGGGUGCUUUACAUUCUAAUAAACUGCCAACAUUCACCCAGGGUGCUAUACAUUCUAAUAAACUGCCAACAUUCGACAAGGGUGCUUUUCAUUCUGAUAAACUGCGAACAUUCGCCCAGGGUGCUUUACAUUCUGAUAAACUGCCAACAUUCGCCAAUGAAUGUGUUCAUUCUGAUAAACUGCGACCAUUCGCCAAGGGUGCAAGGGUGCUUUACAUUCUAAUAAACUGUUCGCCCAUUCUGAUAAACUGCGACCAUUCGCCCACGGUUCUUUUACAUUCUGAUAAACGGCGAACAUUCCUCCAGGAUGUUGUACAUUCUGAUAAACUGCGAACAUUCUCCCUGGAUCCGUUACAUUUUGAAAUACUGCGACCAUUCGCCCAGGAUGUUUUUUAUUCUGAUAAACUGCGACCAUUCGCCCAGGAUGUUUUUUAUUCUGAUAAACUGCGAACAUUCACCCAGGGUGCUAUACAUUCUAAUAAACUGCCAACAUUCACCCAGGGUGCUAUACAUUCUGAUAAACUGCCAACAUUCACCCAGGGUGCUAUACAUUCUGAUAAACUGCCAACAUUCGACCAGGGUGCUUUACAAUCUGAUAAACUGCCAACAUUCGCCCAGGGUGCUAUACAUUCGAGAAGAGACAGAAUGAUAUAUUCGCAUUAA